AUGUCCGCUCAGGGUGGAUAUAACUAUACUCCAGAGGAACAAGCUGCAGCUUAUUACGCUCAACAAGGAUACACCCCUGAUCAAAUAUCAGCCGCCCUCGGUACCCCUUCAUCUACUUCCAGCUCUUCAGCAGCCUACGGAUAUGGUGCAGGAGGUGGUGGUCAACCAGUCUACGCAGCAGCUCAACCAGGUCAAUUCCAACCAGUCUACGAUACCGAUUUCCUAAAUCAAUCUUCAGCUUACGACUAUGACCCAUCUGCAUCUACCGACUUAGCCAACACGACAGAUAAGGAUAACAAAGAUAAAGGGAAAGGUAAAAAGGCUGACAUACCGGUACAAGGUCAAAAGAGGGAAACGGUCAUUAGGAAAGGGAAUGGAAGGACUUGGGAAGAUCCGACUUUAGUAGAUUGGGAUCCUAAAUGGUUCCGUCUCUUCGUAGGGGACGUUUCCAACGAUGUCAACGAACGUACGCUGGACGAGGCAUUCGGUAAAUACCCAAGUUAUUGUAAAUGUAAAGUUGUAAGGGAUAGAUUAAGUUUGAAGGCAAAAUAUGGUUUUAUAGCUUUCAAAGAUCCUGAAGAUUUCUUAAAAGCAUGGAAAGAGAUGGAUGGCAAAUACGUCGGUAAUAGACCUAUCAGGUUGACAAAGAUCAAAGAUGAUAAAUACGGUAAGAUUGAUACUGUACAAAUAGGUAACAAAAAGGCCAAACAAUUAGAGAAGGUCAGGAAGAAUAAAGGUAAACCAUUAGAUGGUAGACCUGUACCUUGGUAG